CACUCUUGAGGGUGCAGUGACAAAGCAAUGUCUGCUGCACCGUGUACGGAGUAUGCCUGCUAAAUCUAUUCUCGCAUAGCUGCUUAUCGCCGUCAGCGCUCGGAACACUGACCUCAUUUUCACUCCUUGGGCGGGCUGCGAGUCAAGGCCGAGCGGGGAGUUGGAAAAGGUGACAUCCUGUCACCCGCUAUUCCCUUUUUUUUCUUUCUUUUUUCUUCGUUUUCUUCCUUCAGAGAGCUUUUAUGGACGGCGAUUAUACAACAAAAUUAGUCUUUUCUGAAGACUAGCAACAAAUAAUAAUAUCAUUUCAAUUGAAAUCAGCAUUAACCCCAAAUCUCCCGUUUCUCUCUCCCUUUUAUUUUAUUUUUUUUUUUUUUUUUCCCUUUCUUUCUUAUUUUCUUUCCUUUCUGUCUCCCUUAAUUCGACCUCCAUUGGAUCGGAUGUAUCAAGUUUGAUCCGGAACACAUCCCAAAAAUUUCUGAGAGGCCAAUGGACUCUUGCCUGUUGCAACCAUGGAUACCACGUACAUAUCGUUCCCAAAACUCGACUAUGUGGAAGAAUCGGUUGAUGGAUCAGUCAGAAUCGACUGGAACUGCGGCAUUUCGAAGCUCAGCCUGGACCUCGUGGCCUGCUCUUGGGCUGCAGUUCUUGCAGCCCUGACUGGAGAAGAGAUCCCUGCCUUCAGCCUUAAUGGAGACCCAGUAAAAGUUGAUCUGGAAAAGAAUAUCGUCCUGAAAGCAGAGGUGGACGAUUUUCGCAAACAUGGUCAUACCGGAGUAUUCACGCUUGAUUCUCCUGAACCCGCGGACGGGUGCCUUGUUGAGGUGAGAUGUUCUUUGGAGCAGGGGACUGGGCAUAUCAUUGCCUCAAACUGCACUACUCGUGCCUAUCUUUCGCAGAUCGGAACGCAGUUUGAGAACCACAUUCGUGCAGCCCUCCAGGUGCCCACCAACACGGAGGGCUUGCGAUUGUCUAUCCUUAAUGAACAUCCUCAAUUGAUAUCGGGUCCAUUGUUUUUGCAUGAUCUGGUCCGGAAUGCCGGUCGGGGUUUGGAUCUGGCCUUGGAGUUUCUCGACAAGGAUAGGAAACGGCAUUUCCUUACUUACGACCAACUACACCUUCGCUCGAAGCACUUGGCUUUGCGUCUCUCUGAAGCAUUGCGAUCCAGGCCCGCUUCAGCUCUGAUUGUCCCAGUCUUGAUUCCUCAAUCGCCAGACCUAUACGUUUCUUGGCUUGGUAUCCUCAGAUCUGGGGCGGCUGUUUGCCCUCUCAACAUUGACGCCCCUUCAGAACGUGUUAAUUUCAUCGUUAACGACGUUGCUGCGGAUGUCGUCGUUACCGUGAAAAGCUUGGCGGGCAGGUUCGACCAGGUUGAUAGACCUCUGAUCAUCAUUUUGGCCGACGAUGAUGCGAACGAUAUCAUCCUCCCAGCGACGCUAGAAAAUAUCAAAAUAUACCCCGAAAGCCUUGCAUACGUAAUGUAUACGUCAGGUUCUACUGGAUUACCAAAGGGAGUUGGCCUCUCACACCUUGCUGCAACACAAGCCAUACUUGCCCACGAUGACCAUAUACCACAUUUCAGGAGGUUCCUACAGUUUGCGGCCCCAACCUUUGAUGUUUCCGUGUUUGAGAUCUUCUUCCCGUUAUUUAGAGGCUCAACUUUGGUCGCCUGUGAGCGAAGCCUCAUGUUAAAUGACCUAGUCGGUGUAAUGAACCACUUAGAAGUCGAUGGUGCCGAGCUUACUCCUACGGUUGCUGGAGAAUUACUUCGCCAAAAGAGUGCUGUGCCUUCUCUUAAAGUUUUGCUUACUAUCGGUGAAAUGUUGACAAGGCGGGUUGUCGAUGAAUUCGGCUUUUCAGGUCCCAAUGAUGGCGUCCUUUACGCCAUGUAUGGACCCACAGAAGCCACAAUUCACUGUACGAUUGCUCCCAAACUUCCCGUCGGCUCCCGCGUAGGAAAUAUUGGAAUCCCGUUCACUUCGGUUUCUGCCUUUAUCAUCCCGAUCCAAGCCUCUGUGGAUGGAGAACCAGAUGUUCUCCCUGUGGGCUGUAUUGGAGAACUUGCCGUCGGAGGGCCCCAACUUGCGAACGGGUAUCUUAACCGCCCGGAGGAAAACCGCAAAGCAUUUAUCGAUAGCCAGGUUUACGGGCGCCUUUAUCGAACCGGUGAUAAAGCUCGUCUUCACCCCAAUGGCGAACUGGAAUGCCUUGGCAGGAUUUCUUCCGGGCAAGUGAAGCUCAGGGGUCAGCGUAUGGAACUGGGCGAGGUUGAGAGUACAAUAUAUAAGGCACCUGGCGUUCGAAGUGCUGCCGCGUGUGUUGCCGAUGGGAUCCUUGUUGCCUUCGUGUCCCGAGACACGAGCCUAGAUCCCGCGGCCGUACGACAAGUGUGCGAGAAGUGGCUUCCCAAGUUCAUGGUUCCAGCCGAGAUUAUUUGCAUGGAUGAAUUGCCACGGCUCCCAUCCGGGAAGAUUGACAGGAAAGCCCUCGAAAGCAACUACACCAGCUCAAAGGAGUCUGAUGUCCCCGCUGCCUCUUCUUUCGCCUCUGAGGUUGAAGAGAACAUUGGUACCUGUGUUGAACAUAUUCUACAUGCUCCAAUCGGUCGUUCUGGAAGCUUGGCGGCCCUAGGGCUCGAUUCCCUUAAGGCCAUUAGAUUGGCCUCGGAGUUGCGGGCCAUAAGCGUAAAUCUUGAUGUCACGAGCAUCCUAGAGGCUGACUCAGUCCAAGGAAUAACAUUGGCAAUGGAAAGAAGCCUCGUUAAAGGAGCCUCUGACUUUACGCCGAAUCUUACUUCAAGUUCAUGGGACCCUGUGGUCGAUAUCACCCACAAGACACUCUCGUCGCUGGGACACUCUUUGACGCCCCAAGAUGUGCUCCCAUGUAGUCCGAUGCAAGUAUCCAUGAUCGCGGAAUCUAUGCAAAGUAAGAGGGCUUAUUCAAACUGGAUUGAAGUGGAAUUCGGGAAUGGCAUAUCACCAAUCGAAAUACGCAGUGCCUUCCGUCUGGUUGCUGACCGAAACGAGAUUUUGCGAUCAGGCUUUGUUGAAGUGAACAUGCCCGGACACCCAUAUGCACAGGUUGUCUGGGAAAGCCUUGAUGACUCUGUCUUCGUUGAAUGCGACACAUUCCAUUAUGACAUAGUGUUCCAAACUCCACAGCAUAUGCUCCACCCUUUUCAAAUUCAACUCAAGAGUCUUUCUGGCGAGGUUAGAGCUCUUGUUCAUAUCCAUCAUGCACUUUACGAUGGAUGGUCAUGGGAACAUGUUAUGAACGACCUCGGGACGUCACUAGAAAAGAAGUUAUGCAAGCAGCGCCCACAAUAUCGGACUUUUGUCGAUCAUAUCUCUAGCUUUCUCAGCUCCCGAAAUAGAUUAGAUUCUAUCGAUUACUGGCGUGAUCUGCUUCAGGGAAUCUCCCCUUCACCGUGGCCGAACUUUCAAGAUCACAACGACAUCCCUCACGGACUAGGUGUGACACAGCGCACAUUUAGCAUCGACAUCAACGAUCUUGACGCUGCUACUAGGAACCUUCGCAUCAGUCGUCAAACUUUUUUUCAAGGGGCAUUAGGCUAUCUCCUUGGAGAGUACAAUGGAACCUCAGAUGUUAUUUUUGGUUCUGUGUCUUCGGGUCGGACGAUUCCUGUACAAGGUAUCGAGGAUGUGAUUGGACCGUGCAUCAACACUCUUCCGGUCCGCUUCAACUUUGACAACCUGCGAAACGUGCAGGAUUUACUUGCGACUAUUCACAACCUUAACAGAAAAUCUCUUACCCACGGAUUGCUACCUCUCCGUGAUAUCAAGGCCGUGUCGGGAGUUGAACCGAGCCUGUCGCUCUUUGACACUCUGUUUGUGUGGCAAGACACACUCAACGGACAUCAAGAAUCUUCCACAAUUGUCAAACAAGUAGCGUCGGCAGACUUCCUAGAGUUUUGUCUCACCUUGGAAGUUGAAAUAAAGAACGAUGUACUCUGCGCAAAAGCCACUUUCCAAGAGUCCACGCUGUCAACUGCGCAGGUUGAUAUAUUCCUCCGCCAACUUGAGGAAUUAGCUUCAAUUUUCAUACAUAAACCGGAUCUGAGCCUUAAACAUGUUAACGAUGAACUGCCGAUUUCAGUUCUAUCGGCAGAAAAUGUUCGAUUCACAUCUUGCCCUGGCUCUCAAGGCCUUUCAGAUGGGGUAAAAGAAGUGGCGGCUCUGGAUCCUGAAAGAACCGCAGUUGAGUUCUUGGAGACGUUCGACCCGGAUCUUGGUGCCGUGAGCAUCCAGAAAUUGACCUAUGCCGAAUUGAAUACUCGCUCUGGUCGGCUCGCAAAACAACUUCGCUCCUUUGGGAUAGGGUCCGGAUCACUAGUUUCAAUUGUUUUAGAAAAGUCACUUGGGCUAUAUGUCUCUAUCCUAGCUGUUGUCGAUGCAGGUGCUGGUUACGUACCCAUCACCCCUCAAACUCCCACUCAGAGGGCUCUUUCUAUCAUUUCUGAAGCCAGUUGUCGCGUAUGUAUUACGAGUCCUAAUCUUCUAGCUUCAUUGGAAUUACCGCACGACAUUAUGGUACUUGAUUCGGAUGGCAACUUGUUACGGAAAUGUGAGAACAGUGGAAUCUCUCAGAAAGAACAGGGAAUGCCUGUGGCAUAUGCCAUCUUUACUUCAGGGAGCACGGGUGUACCUAAAGGAGUGCUGGUUUCACACGAGAAUAUGCGAGAAAAUAUCGCUGUUUUAUCCGAGAUCUAUCCGACACCGCCUGGAUCGAAAAUGCUUCAGGCCUGCUCCCCAGCUUUUGAUGUUUCCGUGUUUGAAAUUUUUUUCACCUGGGCUAUGGGAAUGACACUUUGUUCUGCAACCAACGAUAUUAUUUUCAGAGAUAUUGAGGGGGCUAUCCGCACCCUUGAAGUAACGCACCUCAGUCUUACGCCGUCCGUCGCAGCGCUUGUGCGCUCCCGGAAUGUGCCCAAGGUACAAUUUCUGGUUACCGCGGGCGAGGCACUGACACCUGAAGUGGCGAAAGAAUGGGCUGAUGUUGGAGUUUAUCAAGGCUACGGUCCCUGCGAAACGACAAAUAUAUGCACUGUGAAACCACGUGUGCGCACCACUGAUGUCCUAAGUAACAUAGGGAAGCCGUUUAAAAACACCUCUGCCUUUGUCCUUUCCCAGGGGAACACCUUCUCUCCAGUCCCACGAGGCGCAGUUGGCGAGCUGUGUUUCGGUGGAAAGCAAGUUGCUUUGGGUUAUUUGAAUAUGCCAGAUGUCACCCAGGAAAAGUUUGUUGAACAUCCAGAGUAUGGAAAAGUAUACCGUUCCGGAGAUUACGGCCGCAUGCUUCCUGACGGUUCGCUUGCAUUUGUAGGCCGUCGAGAUGAUUUGGUUAAGCUCAGAGGUCAGCGAAUUGAACUCGGAGAAGUUAACAGUGCGAUCCUUCAGAGCCGAGUCGUGAAGAGCUGCACAACUCUGAUAUGCGGAGACAAAUCCAGCGGCAGUCAGUUACUGGUUUCGUUCUGGGUACCUGUGGCAGAUUCUUCCCCCUAUAUAAAGGUAGACCCAAAGCGUUCCUCGAUCUUAACGAAAGAAUUAUACGAUACGAUCUCCAAAAUCCUUCCGAUGUAUAUGAUUCCGUCUUUCAUUUUACCUAUCGAGACAAUACCCGUGACGGUGAAUGGAAAAGUUGAUAAGAGCCUGCUCGCUGACAUGUAUUCUAACGCUGCCCCCGACUAUUUGGAUCUCUUCUCCAAUAACGCUGAGAUCUCCGACAAUUCUGAAGAGCUUUCGGAGACGGAGUCAAGAAUUGUGCAACUUGUCGCUGCUGUUACCAAAACCCCAGCGACUGACAUUGGCCGUCAUUCUUCAUUCUAUCGCCUAGGCAUGGAUUCUAUCCUAGCAGUAUCAUUAUCGAGACAACUAAAACUAUCAGGAUUCGGGCAGGUGGAUGUUUCAGUCAUUAUGAAGAACGACACGGUUUCCCGACUUGCUGCUGCCGUAGAUCGUGUUUCUGACACCGCUACCACGAAACAGGAAAUUUUACCGAAUUUCGAAGUGCUGUUCUCUCCUGGAUUUAUUGAGAAGGCUAGACACGACGUGGAAAUGGCUCAAAAGAAAAUACGAAAGAUAUUGCCAUGCACGCCUUUGCAAGAAGCUAUGUUAUCGCAGAUGGUUUCUAGCGAUCAAAAAUCUUAUUUCAAUCAUCUCAUCUUUGAAGUGCGGAAGGAUAUGUCUAGAUUGAAGUUUGCAUGGGAAGCAAUGGUUGCAAGACACGAUAUUUUGCGAACCUGGUUUCAGUCUACAAAUGAUGCGCAGCAUGCUUUUGCACAAAUUGUGUUGGAUACCGUAGACCUCCCUUGGAGUUUUAUGGAGUGUUCCAGUGCGAAUGUGGAGUCCAUUAUUGAACGUCGAAAGGUUUCCAUUCUAUCUGCCAGCGGAGUGGCAGUACCAUAUGCUUUUAUAGAGCUUCACAACAUUACCACUGGGAAAUCCCAGCUGCACCUGUUAAUUCACCAUGCGCUAUAUGAUGGAGAGGCAAUGGGCCAGGUGCUUCAAGAGGUUGAGCAAGUUGUUCUCGAUAUGGCCUUGCCACCUGUUGUGCCUUUCGACCAUUACAUCGAGCAUAUGAUCAAGACAGAUGUUGAAGCCGCGACUCAGUUUUGGAACAGCCACCUGACUGGGUUCUCUCCGACGUACCUUGUUUCUCCGGUUCCCAAUGCAUCCGCCACGAAACAUAAAGAGUUCCAUAGUGUUAGCAUUGAUUUGGAUAUACCACUUACCCAAGUGGCCGAGUCGUGCAAGAAUGCCUCUGUUACCCUCCUCAGUCUUUUACAGGCUGCCUGGGCGAAGCUGUUAUUUUUCUACUCCGAGACCUCGGAUAUUUGCUUCGGCGACGUUGCCAGUUGCAGAACCCUACCGGUAAAUGGCGCAGAGCGUAUUGUUGGCCCGUGCUUUAACACCCUUCCCCUAAGGGUCAAGUUGGACAGCAAUACAGUCAAUAGUGAUCUUAUGCUACAGUUGCGAAAAUUUAAAGCGGACGUGCUUCCGUACCAACUUACGUCGUUACGUCGAUUACAAUCUCAAUUCAGUCCAAGCGGCUCACGGCUAUUCGACACUUUACUCCUCCUUCAGAAGGAACCCCAGCGGUUAAACGAAGAAAUAUGGACCUUGGUUGAUGAGCACGGAGAUAUGGACUUUCCAUUCAUUUGUGAAAUCGUGCCGAACUCUGAGAAGGAUGUUCUUCGGGUGUGUCUGUAUUGUGACGGAUCGAAGACCUCGUUAGACUCUGUUCGUCAAAUGCUUGGUGGAUAUGUUGAGUCGAUCCAUCACACCCUCCAAUACCCAUCUGCGAGGGCCACCGAUACUAGCGUUGUGAAAAGUGGUAUUCCUCCCUUUAUCAAUAUUUCAAGACCUAUUGUCGAGAAAGAAACUAUGAAUGAUGAUUUGAGGGAAUGGUCAAACAAAGCAUUGGAGGUUAGGGAGCUAGUAUCAGAAUUGGCAAAAGUUGAACGGAAGCAUAUAAAAUUGAACACGACAAUUUAUAAAUUGGGUCUUGAUAGUAUUAAUGCAAUUCAAAUUGCGGCCAACCUACGGGCCAAGGGCUAUGAAAUUUCGGCUGGUGAUAUCCUAGAGGCUCCUACAAUUUCUCAGAUUGCCUCUCGGCUAGAAAAGUUAACAGUAAACGGCGAAUCCAGUAUCAUGGAAGCAUUUGAUUUUAACCCAUUCCAAGCUCGCCACUGGGUUUCUGUUUGUACAGAAAUCGGUCAACUUGAGGCGAAACUUCAAUCGGUGCGUCCAUGCACAACAGUCCAAACGGGUAUGUUGGCGUUAUUCGUUAAUUCAGGAGGCAAUCUUUAUUUCAACCACAUGUGUCUUCAAUCAACACGUCCGCUAGAUAUUGACGCCCUAAAAAGGGCAUGGGAAGCCGCAGUCGAUAGGAACGAGAUGCUUCGGACCGGAUUUUGUCAAGUCAAGGAUGAAGUAUCCCCAUUUGCAAUGAUAACAUAUAAACCUGGUACUUUAGACCUCCCAUGGCACGACUAUGUGUCUGAGAAUGGACAGCUGUUGCACCACGAAGAACCCACUGGCAUCGAAAUAUUGAAUCGGCUUCAUUACCCAGCCUGGUUCUUGACAGUAGAGUCACUUCCGACCCAUACAACUAUUCGGUUCUCUGCGCUUCAUGCCCUUUAUGAUGCUCAUUCUUUGAAUCUCAUUUUAUCAGAAGUUGCUCGCCAGUAUAACGGUGGAAUUCUCUUCGACCCGGUCCCCAUAUCCCCAGUUCUAGGAUCAAUCUUAACCAAGGGUGCUGAGAAAGAUGAAAUCACGGAGAAAAUAUGGGAAGAACUCUGCAAAGGUUGGCCUGUUACAAAAUUCCCUGACCUGAAUCCUAUCCGGACGGAUAGACGAGAAAUGUGCACCGUCUCUAAGACUUCUUCGGAGUCAUUAUCAACCAUAUACACUGGUUGCACCAAGGCUGAAGUCACUUUGCAAGCCGCCGGGCAAGCAGCAUGGGCUCGUUUAUUAGCUUCCUAUGUCGGCGAAAUUGACAUAGGUUACGGCGUUGUUCUUUCGGGCCGAGACAUGUCCGCCGCGGCUCAAGAUGUUGUUUUUCCCUGUCUAACUACCGUCCCAUCCCGCUACAGGGUGGAGGGAAGUAACAGGGAGCUUGUCCAGGCAGUGAUGAAGUUAAAUGCACAUCUUAUCAAAGGGCAACAUGUUCCUUUAUCCAAGCUUCAACGCAUGACCGGUUCAGACACUGCAUUGUUUGACACCCUCUUCGUGCACCAGAAAUUUAUGUCAUCCACAAAUGAUGAGCAAUUUUGGACUGUCACCAAAGAGAUAGCUACAACAGAUUAUCCAGUCUCGAUUGAACUCAUACCCAAAGGGGAUAAACUCGAAUUUUGUGUUACAUUCAGAAAUGAUAUAUUACCAGUUGAUCAAGCGCAUAUAUUGAUCGAUCAGCUUGAAUGGCUUCUCUUCGACACUAUAUUUUCUCCGGAAUCCAAUUGCGCGCACUUUAUGGGGGCUGAUCGAAGAAUAACCUGCGUCGUGCCCAGAAAGGAUGCCUAUAUCGAGGCUCCAGUUGAUCUUUUGCAUCAGUUUGUUGAGGUCAACGCUAGUGAAUGCCCCUCGAAAAUAGCUCUUGAAUUUGCCUCUAGGUCUUCCGAAGUGGAGGAUAAACUGAUAGUCAGGAGUUGGACAUACAAAGAAUUCAACGACCAAGGAAACAAAUAUGCCAAUCUCCUUUUGCAGCUAGGGGCGUCCAAAUCAAAAUUAAUCGGAAUUUGUUUUGACAAGUGCCCUGAAGCAUAUUUUGCAAUCCUCGCUAUUUUGAAGGUAGGAUCUGCUUAUGUGGCAUUGGAUCCUGGGGCCCCUAUUGCGCGGAAAAAGUUUAUCAUGGAAGAUUCGGGCUCUAAUUUCCUCCUAUGCACAUCUGAUAAGAAGGAAGAAUUAAUGGGAAUAGAUGGCGUCAAAGUUCUAGCACUAGAUGAAGCAGGGCUUUUGAAUGGUCUCUCAAGCAGCUCUCCGAUUCUUGAACACCCAAUCAGUGGCGACGAUACUUGCUAUUGUUUGUAUACUUCAGGGAGCACGGGGACACCAAAGGGUUGCGAGAUAACACACAGCAACGCAAUACAAGCAAUGCUCUCGUUCCAAAGAUUAUUUGCAGGACACUGGGAUGAUUCGUCCCGCUGGCUCCAAUUUGCAUCGUUCCACUUCGAUGUCAGUGUCUUAGAGCAAUAUUGGAGCUGGAGCGUCGGUAUCUGUGUCACUUCUUGUCCCAGGGAUAUCCUAUUUGAGGACUUAGCUGGGGUUAUUAGACAGCUGGAGAUAACGCAUAUCGAUCUAACGCCGAGCUUGGCCCGUUUACUCCAGCCUGACGAAGUGCCGUCGCUUUGCCGUGGCGUCUUUAUCACCGGCGGUGAGGCACUAAAGCAAGAGAUCUUAGAUACGUGGGGAGAAAAGCAAGUGAUAUAUAACGGGUACGGGCCCACGGAGGUUACUAUCGGGUGUACCAUGCUUCCAAGAGUAACGCAAUGGGACAAACCGUCCAACAUUGGACCUCAAUUUGAUAAUGUGGGCUCUUUCGUCUUCAAACCGGGUACUAAUAUUCCGGUGCUAAGAGGGGGCAUUGGUGAGCUGUGUGUGUCUGGCCCUCUCGUAGGUCGAGGCUAUUUAAAUAGGCCUGAAUUGACUGAGGAGAGAUUCAAAUAUCUUGACGAGUGGGGUGAAAGGGUAUACCGUACCGGCGACCUUGUACGGAUGCUUCAUGACGAAAGUUUCUGCUUCCUUGGUCGUAUGGAUGACCAAGUCAAACUGCGUGGUCAACGGCUUGAGAUCGACGAAAUCAACCACGUUAUCAAGUCAGCUUCAGCGGAAAUAGGAGAGGUGGUGACAAUGGUGUUAAAGCAUCUCUCUGCGGGUAAAGAGCAGCUUGUUUCUUUCAUCACUCGAGGAGAACUUUCUGAAAAGGAGGCAAUUCUUGGUUUUGACACGGGAGACCAUGUCCACGAGACCCUGAAUGACAUCCGAAGAUGCUGUAGCCUCCAACUUCCAGGAUAUAUGGUCCCAACGCAUGUUAUUCCACUUACCCGAUUCCCUUUGUCUCCAAAUAAUAAGAUUGAAAAUAAAAAGUUGAAGGAAAUUUACGCGAACUUGACUCUGGAGCAAAUGCAGAAGCUUUCACCACAAAAUGAGGAAAAUACCACGAAUGCAUCAAGAGAGACGAAAAAGAUUAUAUCGAUUGUCUCCCGGUUGGCCGGCUGUGACGAAACGAUUAUCUCACCGUGGUCCAAUAUAUUCCAGCUCGGGCUGGAUUCUAUCUCUGUCAUAUCUUUGGCUCGGUCCCUCAAAGAAGCAGGUUUCUGCACUGCUCAGUCGGCUCUCAUUAUGAAAAACCCCGUAAUCUCCGCUCUUUCAGAAAUAUUGCGCUCGUCCAACCGUAGUGAAAGUUCCGAUGGCCGGCUAUACCAGAAUGCUAGACAAGCAAUUGCCGCUUUUGCACACAAGCAUCUUGCAUCACUUGCUACUGAGCUCUGUGUCUCUAUCAAUGCUAUUGAAGCUGUAUGCCCUUGCUCACCAUUGCAAGAUGGGAUGAUAUACAAGUGUCUUGAGAGCGCAAGCCGUGCAUACGUCUCAAAUUUUACCUUUGAGUUGUUACCAGAUGUGGAUAUUUUCCAGCUGAUGGCCGCUUGGCGAAAGGUUCAGGAGACUGUCCAAAUUCUACGCACAAAAUUCCCUGUCACAGCAGAUGGUUAUGCACAAGUGGUGUUAAGAGAAGAUAAAUUUCCCUGGUUCGAAUUUGAAACCACGAACUCUUCCGAGGUUUCUAAUAUUUCGCGGGAUAGGUACAUGAAGUGGAGAUCCACUCUUCAUCAUUUUAAUGACAGGCUCUGGGAAAUUGGGGUUGUAUCUGGGCCAUCCAGUAGAGUAAUGUGCUUGAACAUCUUCCACGGCCUAUACGACGGGAACAGCCUUCCACUUCUUCUUGAAAGGGUUGCAGAAGCAUACUUCAAUGCCGCGCACACAGAAACGCUGUCUUAUAUUGAUGUGUUGCCGCUCGGUCCAUUUUGCAGGCAACCCGAUGCGCAAUCCUUCUGGACCCGACAUUUGCGAGACGCUCCAGCACGAACGAUACCUUCCAACCCAAAUAGUUCUGAAAGCGAAGUACAUAGCCUGGCUAUUGAGAUACCCGCAAUGAAGCGACUCGAAGAGAUAAGACGAAGGUUGAAUGUUACGGAACAAGCAGUAGUCCAUGGUUGCUGGCUGUACGUCUUUGAAAAGCACUUUGGCUUCGUUCCGACUCUUGGAAUUGUGAGUUCAGGGAGAGCCUUGGAUUUUGAUGGUGCAGAUAAAGUUAUCGGGCCUUUAUUCAACACGAUUCCAUGCCAUGUCCCUUUCUUCGGCCUGGAUUCAUUAUCGGAACUUGUUCAGGCUUGUCAUGAUUUCCAUGUUUCUGCUAUCUCAUUCCAGCACACUCCAUUACGGGAUAUUAUGAAAUGGACAGGACGAAGUGCCGACAAUCCUCUCUUCGACAGCCUCUUCGUUUUUCAGAAAGAUCUUGCGCAUGCCAGUAGGCUUGGAAGUUCACUCUGGAGCCCCACGGAAACUCAAGCUGAGGCUGACUAUCCUUUAGCAUUUGAAGCUAGAGACGAUGGAGGCGAAUCCCUGACCACUAGUAUUGUUGGAAAAGAACAGAUCCUGACUUCAAAAGCAAUCGGAAAACUGUUGAGUCAAUUCAAGGACACAUUAUUGGGAUUCCUGGACGACCAAUCAAUUAAGCUCCAGCCUUCGGAUGAUAUAUCAAUCCUCAAUCAUACAGCACCUAGCAAUGGUGUUAAGGAAAAGCACGAUUCAGCCCAAGGGCCUUUGACAAAUGGUACCUCCAAGUUCGAAUGGAGUGCGAAAGCCAAGAAACUUCGCCAGGAGAUCUCCAGGCUGGCCAAUACCGACGAUGAGGCGGUUAGUGAGAAUACUUCGAUCUUGGAACUUGGCUUGGAUAGCAUUGAUGCAAUCAAACUUUCCUCAAGGAUGAAGAAUUUGGGCAUAUCCCUCCCUGUCAGCAGAAUCAUGCAUUGUCGAACGAUUAAAUCUAUGAUGAAAGAAGUUGUUGCCGAUAUACAAAGAGAUGACGACUCGUUCAAGACUCUGAUUAGUCUAGAAAAAGCACUUCGCUCAUGUUUAGAAGCAGACAAUGUGGACCUUGAAGGUAUCGAUCAUGUUCUUCCUGCAACGCCACUGCAAGAAGGGAUGCUUGCGGAAAUGAUUGGAUCCGAUUACUCCCAUUAUUUCAACCAUGAUGUUCUAGAAAUCGAGCCACAUGUGGACGUUGAUAAACUAAGGAACGCAUUUGUGAAGGCAGUUGAAGAAAGUCCCAUUCUGAGGACGACUUUCACGCAAGUCUCAGAUCCGAGUUUGCCCUUCGCAUUUGCGCAGCUAGUCUAUUCGGCAAACUUCAAACUAAAUUGGAAAGAAAUAGACAUGGCUGGAAGGUCGAUCGAUGAUAUAUUUGAGCAAGAGAAAUUAGAGGCAAUCAAGAGCGGCUUACGAUCUCCUCCGUAUAGACUACGCUUUCUGCGAAGUGGAGCCAAAAGAUUAUUGCUUAUUUCCAUUGCCCAUGCGCUAUACGACGGUUGGUCACUCGACUUAUUUCACCACACUAUAGCAACGCUCUACCUCGGCAACAGCUACCAACGGCCAUCGUAUCAUAGUACUCUAGAACAUAUUAUCAAUUCAGCCAGCAAUGAGAAAGCCCUGCAGUUCUGGAAAGGGUAUUUGGAAGGAGUUCGGCCGGUAUCUUUCCCAGAAAAGCCUGGAUCAAACACGGACGAAAUCCAUCGGGAUGAAAUUGCCGUUAAAAUUUCCAGUUCGAAUGUUAUAGACUUCUGCAAAAGCCAGGGAAUUACACCUCAGACCCUAGGGUUGACCUGCUGGUUGAUGGUACUUGCGGGUUAUUUGCGCCAACUUGAUGUUGUGUGUGGUACCGUGAUGCUAGGCAGAGACACUGUUGAUGGUGAGCAAGUAAUGUUCCCCACAAUGAAUUCUGUCGCUAUACGUGGAAUCCUUCACGGCUCCCGGCGUGAGAUGCUCCAGUAUGUGCAAGAAAUGUUGGGCCUGAUCCUUAAUAACCAGCACUUUCCACUCAGAAAAGUGAAAGCCUUGUCCAAAAUUGGAGCAAAAUCUCUCUUUGAUACACUGUUUAUAUACCAGAAAAGACCAGGAGGAGAGGAGAAGGUCUUAUAUAAGUCUGUUCAGAGUUCUUCUGAUGUUGAGUACCCUGUAUGCACUGAGAUGGAGCUGUCCAAUAACUCUGUUAUCUGGCGGGUUGCGUGCAAGAGCUCAGUGUUAAGCAGCUCCGACACGGCAAGCCUCCUUGAUCGGAUUGAAAAUUGUUUGUUGGAGCUCGUUCACAACCCCAACGAGCCUACUGUGGAUUUCCGAGAUGAAUCAGCGACAAUCUGCGGCUUGACAUUUUCAACCGCCUCGUUGAAUGGGGUUAAGGACUCUUACCUAUUGGAUAAAGAGAAUUCACUAGCAGAGUCAUGGACGCCUUUGGAAGAGGCUAUCAGAUCGAUACUAUCAUCAGUGGCAAACAUUUCAGAAGCGGAAGUUACAAAGGAUACAACCCUUUUCCAUAUUGGUCUCGACAGCAUUAGCGCAAUUAAAGUGUCAUCCUUGCUACGGAACAGAUCAAUCACUCUUGCAGUUAGUGACAUGUUGCGCGCUGGUACCGUUCGAAAAAUGGCGGAGGUUGCGAAAAUUGCCAAAGCAAAAACGGAAGUACGUGACUCUAAAUCCAUAUGCCUCGGGGCGUUGAAGGAUGUCGAUAUCACCACUCUGCUACGCUCUCAUAACAUACAGCCAGGGGACAUCGAAGGCGUGUACCCAGCAACUUCUGGUCAGGUAUACAUGUUAAAGAUGUGGGAACGCUCAAAUGGGGCAGUGUUCUUCCCUGAUUUCUUUUAUCGUGUGGAAGGAGAUAUAGCAGCAGAGGAGCUUGAAAGGAGGUGGGAUAAGGUCAUUUGCCAGGUCCCAAUUCUUCGCACGGAGUUUUUCGCAAUAGGAAACCGCGAUAUCCCGUUUGUGCAGGUAGUUUUCAGAGCUACCAACAAUCCAAUAGCCUGGCGAGACAAGUUGAGAGACCUUUUGGACAGGCAGCAAGAAGGUGCUUCAAAGUUCGUGACUCUAUAUGCCUCACGACAAGGUUCGGAAACAAUUGUAAGAUUGCAUAUACAUCACGCACUUUACGACGCUGUGAGCUUGGAACACAUUGUCAGUCUGCUUUCGAUUGGUUGUCCCGAUGGAGAUAUAUCGUCGAGAUUGAAAACGGAUAUAUCAGAAUUCGUCGCCUUCAAUACUAUCAGCUCACCAUUAGAAGCCCGGAAAGCAUUCUGGACGACGUACUUGACAAAAGCGAGCUUGGAACGCAAGUUUCUACAGGAGACCUUGAUCGACUGGCCCGGCAUGACACAAAACUAUCGCCCUUCUCUUAUCGCAGAAGUUGGAACGCUAGAUAGCAUUAGUCGAAAACUCGGCGUCUCCAUUCAAGCGCUAUUUUUGGCUGUGUAUGCUAAGAUGCACAUAAGGUUCCUUUCCAGCCCGUCGCACUCUGCUCUAGAGAAUUUGGUCAUUGGUCUCUAUCUUGCCAACAGGUCUCACGCAAUGGACGGACUUCCGGAGCUUGUCGCCCCCACCCUGAAUAUUGUUCCACUUUGCAUUGGAAACCCUACAAACCACAGCGUGACUCAGCUGGCGCGAGCUAUUCAAAGCGACUUGCAUGAGAUCAGCAAUGCGCAGAACUCCUGUGUUUCCUUGCAUGAAAUUGCAGAUUGGACUGGAGUCACGUUGGACACGGUGGUGAAUUUCCUGAGAUACCCAGACCCCACCGGAGAUGGCGAUGGCGCGUUGCACCGGUUGACGCCUCUCGAAGAAUCGGAAAUACCAGAGGCUCUAGCAAAUGGAAGUAUCCCAAAUGCGACACCAAACUCAAGAAGGACAACUGAGAUACCUCUAGAGUCGGUGGCCGCGCUCAACAACGAACAGCCCGGAUCAGAAAAUCGCAUACCAAGCCUCGAAGCGGCGUAUAAGCCCUCAGUUGAUAUUGAAGUCGCCAUCCGGAACAAUGCGUUGGACGUUGGUAUUUUUGGCCCCAAAAGCCGACUCGAUUCCGGCCUCUCUGAUACAAUACUUGGCGAGCUGAAGCAGGAGUUACUUGCGGUAUCACGAAGUGAGGAAUGAGAGAAUAGGCUGGCAACUAAGGUAGAUGGUGCACAUAUAGCAGGAUAUAUUCCGUAGUAAAUACAAAAGAUGGUAGCGCGCCCCUCGCGGCUCUCGGUCCA